GACUACAGAUGGUCUUCAGGUCGCCUCUCGACUUCUUCUCGGCCUCCCGCCUCCUCCUGCCCCACUUCCCGGAUGGGACACCGGCUGUGGGUCGCCCCCGCUCGCCGGACGAACCCCCGUUGCCCGGUCCUGCCCUGGCCCUGCCGGGUUUGUGCUUUUCGGCGGCGCAGAUCGCCAGCGUCUGCGAGACUCUGGAGGAGACCGGGGACAUCGAGCGGCUCGCCCGGUUUCUCUGGUCGCUCCCGGUGAUGGCGGACGGUCGCGACUCCAUCUCCGAGCACGAGUCCGUGCAGCGGGCACGCGCCGUGGUGGCGUUCCACAGCGGAAGUUUCCGGGAACUUUACCACAUCUUGGAGACACGCCGUUUCACCCGAGCCUCUCACGGGAAACUGCAGGCCAUGUGGCUGGAAGCGCACUACCGGGAGGCCGAGAAGCUCCGUGGCCGCCCGCUCGGCCCGGUGGACAAGUACCGCGUCCGCAAGAAGUUCCCGCUGCCGAGGACUAUCUGGGACGGAGAGCAGAAGACGCACUGCUUCAAGGAGCGCACGCGGGGGCUGCUGAGAGAAUGGUACCUGCAGGACCCUUACCCGAACCCCGGGAAGAAGCGGGAGCUGGCGCACGCCACCGGGCUCACACCCACUCAAGUCGGGAACUGGUUCAAGAACCGGCGGCAGAGAGACCGAGCAGCUGCAGCCAAGAACAGGUUGCACCACCACCGGAUGUGUGCUGAAGGGUCCCGGACCCUGAGUGGAGGAGAGUGCAGUCCUGACAUCAAUGCUGAUCGCAUGGAUGGAGACAUGCUUCUCUCGGUUACGGACAGUGACUCCGAUUUGGAGGUCUAGGAACUUUAAUGAGGGCAGAGCACCUUCAGCGGCCCCUGGGAGGCCCGGGUGGAUUCCUAAUGCCAGGGAGUAUGCAAGCCCUCUGUUGCCAUAUGCUCGGAAUCACGGUGAAAUGAGGAUAUAUUUUAUUAAAUGUCAUAUUUUUGUCUAUCUAUUCUUCACUCGGCUGGACUGAUGAGAACUGGUGUUGACCUCUGACCUUCACUUGGAGGCAACUGUACAGAGGGCUUCAGUAAACCUUUGCUUGUUCCAUUUCCGUUGUGUUGUGUUUAUUAUCAGAAAUCCUCUCUUUAAAACAGUUGACACACAUCCCAGUACCUGAAUGUUUGCCUCCUCAGCGUUGUUUGCAUUUAUUUAAUAUUCCUGUUCAGUGAAAUGU